UCUCUUUUAAAUCUUUUACAUUUCCUCUUCCUACUGUCUCAAUCACAAUACAAUUGCUUCUCCACUCUCUUUCACUCUCCUCAAUUUGUCUUCUCCUCCUACUCCCCCUCCCCCUUCUCUGCUGGUGCUUGCGAGAUUUCAGUCUUCCCUACGGACGCUGCCGCAUCGAAUCAUGGCCAGGCCUUAUCGUGCAGAGUCAUUCAAGUUGGACAAGUGAUACGCAUCUAUCACCGCCUCCUCCUCCACUUCCUGACUCAACCUCGGCGCACAAACACGCGCCGAUUCGACGUCUCUGGCUUUUGUUUAUCUACUAGCAUCGUCACCGCGCCUUCACGCCAUGCAUGCAGACGACGCUACUGUCAUACAAGUUUGACUUGCCCCACCAUCUCGUUCCUUCCAUGCGCAUACAAAAAGUCCCUCCAACCAGACGAGUAUGGACAUUUUCCGCACCUUCCUCUUCACAUUCUCUUCUGCUCUUCACACACGCCUCCGUCGCUGUAUUUACGUCAGCAGAGGCAAUGCAACUUUGACCGUGAGGCCGAUGUCCCAUCAGCCUCGACUAUUCGCGCUUCUUGGCAUCGAGUUGAUUGCCGAGGCGUAGUUCGUAUACAACAUGGAGUAGAAGUACAACAGGUGAAUUUGGCACUAUUAACCGGCUCUUGUAGCUUUCUUGUGUUACUGGUAGUCAGGCGGCCUGGAGACACGAUCGUCAAUUCCCUGUGUCUGGGUCAGGCCGACUUGAGUCUGUCCCGUUGCGAGGGUCCGACAAGGGGCAUCUCGGCCUUCGCCACCUCUAUCUCCAUCAGCGAGCGCUCAGACGACGCUUGUAGGAUACGCGAAUGCAAUGAAUGGUUUAUUCACUGUUUCACCUUCCAUCCAACUCACGCGUCAAGCCAGUUACGACGUGUCAUUUUGUCUUAA